UUUUGGUUGUGUAAGGAGGACUGAACCGCUUCAGGCCAGGCUGCAUAAAUAAACACCUGACCUGAAAUCGUCUCCAGACACCCAGCUCCCCGACCUCCCCUCCUCAAACCGGCCGGACCAGCUCCAGUCCAGCUCCGCUCGGCCCACACAGGCCCCAGCAGCCUGACCCAUCUCCCUCCUCUCGUUAUCCAGCCCAUCAAAAUCUAACCAGCCCGCCGUCUCCAUGGAGCGCGUUCAGCACAUGACCAAGUCGGCCAUCCGCCGAGCGUCCAUGAUCGAGGUGAACCCACAAGCCAAGAGGAACCUGCAGGAGCUCUUCGUCAACUUCACCCUCAUCCUCAUCUGCCUGCUGCUCAUUUACAUCAUCGUCCUGCUGAGCAGCUGAGAGCAGCGGAGCCAGGGAGAGAGUCCGGCAUGUGGACGCGGGUUGGGCUGAGAUAUGGGCUUUAUUAAUACAGGUCGUAUUUCUAAUAAAGCAAUAAUAAUAUCCCCAUAUAUCAGCCUAACCCUGUCUGACAAACGCUGAAAACAAUCAUGGCCAAACUCUCUCAAAUUGUUUCUAUUAGAGCAGAUCAGGGAUCAGCUUCCCUGCAUCUCUUUCUCAAGGGAAUGACCUAAAGUGACCCGACUUCAAGAGUUUAGACUUCACUGUGUGUGCAUGUAUAUCUGCUCAUUCAGACUAACAGCCUGCUCACAUCACAAUGUGUUGAUUUAAGCUGAUUUAUGAGGGAGAUUUGAUUCCCUCCAUGUCUCCUGCUUCAGUAAUAAUAGGUGCAAUAUGCAAAAACAUCAAUGCAUCACGGUUGUUUAAUUACCAUUUCCUGUGAGCACUGUUGCUUCCUGCAGCCCUCCACCACCACCUGGAGAAAGAUUUUUUUCCAUUAGUAUUUGUUAUUGCCUAACAAACAUAAAUAAAACACUUGAUAUAAUACUUAGAGAUCAUUCUAAGUAUUGUAAGCCUGUAAAGUAUGUGACGUAUAGACCGAGAGCGUCUUCAACCUUUAGGCAGCUUACCUGCAGGUGUCUCUGUUGGGCUACAUGAACAUAUAAUUCACUUUAUUUAUGGACUACUUUGUUUGGGCUUCAAAGAUUAAUGUACAUCUGUUAUAAAGUGUGCAAAUAGAGAGUUUUAAACACAUGCAUGCCACACACAACCUCUGAUUUAGGCCUGACUUAUCUGUGGUUUGUCAGUUAUGAGGAAGACUUCACUUUGCAUGGUGUGAUUUGACUUAAUGAUGUUUUCUGUUUAUGCCAUUUAAGUACAUGCAUCUGUUUAGUUAAAACUAUUAUUGACUAAAGCUGACAUUUAUGGUUAAUUACAGAAGUUACCAGCCACAUUGACAUGCCAUUUAUCUUCAGUAAAUGUGCCAAGGCAGAAAAUGUAAAACUAUCAAUUGCAUUUACAUUUUGAAUUUGACAUUAUUGAGAUAAAAUUGUAGUUUUGUUCUUUUAUGUAUGUUUGGAAGAUUGCACAACCUGAAUUUGGAAUAAUGAA